AUGUUCGAGGAUGGCGAGUGGUACAACGCAACAGUCGUCAAGGACCUGGGAGAUGGAGGAUUUGAAGUCUCCUGGGAUGAUCCCGACGGAGGUCCGGAGACAUCGGUCUGCAAUGCGGAAGAGAUGCGGCUAGUUGAAGUCGAUGAAGACUACGCGCAAGGGGAUUGGGUGGAGGCUAUGUUUGACCUGGAUCAAAUUUGGUAUCCUGGGGUGGUGGAGGAAGCCUUUGGCAACAAGACCUUUCUUGUUCGAUGGGAUGAUCCUGAUGGUGGACCAGAGACCAGCGUAUGCGCUCCCAGAUACAUGAAGCAUCACUCGGUCUACUACUGUGACUACCAGGUAGGAGACAGAGUAGAUGCCAGAUCUUCCAGCGGGGAAGUGCGACCAGCCUUCAUUGGAGACAUCCACGCAGAUGGUUCUUUCGACGUGCAAUGGGAGACAGACUCGGAGGAAGGCCGCUUCAGGUGUUGGGCCGAAGACCUGAAAGGAGUCCGGCGAGACUAUGGGGUUGGUGAUAGGGUGGAGGCAUUGUACCCAGGGACAUGGGAAUGGCAGACCGGCGUUGUGAGGCGUCGACUGGAGUUUGGUGCCUUUGAAAUCCGUUGGGACCAACCUGGGGCUGGCCCAGCCUCCUCAAUGAGCACUCCGGAAGAGAUGUCACCUCUCCAAGACUUGGAUGAGGAAGACUGGUUCAGUGAGGACCUUGAUGAGGAGUACGAAGGCGACGAGUCUGACAAUUUUCCUCCAGAAGAGGCCGCUUCUUCCAAAAUCACGUCCUGCGCCAAGCCGGAUCCGAGCUGCCAGAGGAGCAGGGUGCCCUCCGAAAUCCUGCUGGCGCAGUAUGUACGGCUUCCCGAAGUUCAGUGUUUGUGCUUUCACCCUACAACCACAGCUCUGCAGAUGGUCUUUUGGCGAGGGCGUCCGACCCAUCCAUCUCGCUCGUGGACAGUUGCAAAUGGACCACAGCUCACGCUGAACCCUCGACAAAGAGGCCAUCGCCGCAACUGGCGGCAGAGACAGGUCUCUAAGCUUUUGGGCUCCACCGUCAUUCGACUGAUUCCCAGCCGGCACUUGGUGCAAAGAUUCGCCAGCAGAGCCAAAACAGCAGCAGCCGGUCGGGAUUCGGUUUGGGCACGUUGGCUUCGAGCUCAUGGCAUGCUGGUGGCCUGGACCCGGUGCAAGACUGUAGCAGUAGCAUUGCGCUGUUGCAGGUUUGUGGGCACUGCGGGAAUUUUCCAGCGUACAUAA